GGCGGUGAGCGAGGCUGCGCGCGCCGAAGAUGGCUGAGAAGCAGAAGCACGACGGGCGGGUGAAAAUCGGCCACUACGUGCUGGGCGACACGCUGGGCGUCGGCACCUUCGGCAAAGUGAAGAUUGGAGAACAUCAGUUGACAGGUCAUAAAGUGGCAGUUAAAAUCCUAAAUAGACAGAAGAUUCGCAGUUUAGAUGUUGUUGGAAAAAUAAAGCGGGAAAUUCAAAAUCUAAAACUCUUUCGUCAUCCUCAUAUUAUCAAACUAUACCAGGUAAUCAGCACUCCAACAGAUUUUUUUAUGGUAAUGGAAUAUGUGUCCGGUGGUGAAUUAUUUGACUACAUCUGUAAACAUGGACGGGUUGAAGAAAUGGAAGCCAGGCGGCUCUUUCAGCAGAUCCUGUCUGCGGUGGAUUACUGUCAUAGGCAUAUGGUUGUGCACCGAGACCUGAAACCAGAGAAUGUGCUGUUGGAUGCACACAUGAAUGCCAAGAUAGCUGAUUUUGGAUUAUCUAAUAUGAUGUCAGAUGGUGAAUUUCUGCGAACUAGUUGUGGAUCUCCAAAUUAUGCAGCACCUGAAGUAAUCUCAGGCAGAUUGUAUGCAGGUCCUGAGGUUGACAUCUGGAGCUGUGGUGUUAUUCUGUAUGCUCUUCUCUGUGGCACCCUCCCAUUUGAUGAUGAACAUGUGCCUACGUUAUUUAAGAAGAUCCGAGGGGGUGUUUUUUAUAUCCCAGAAUACCUCAAUCGCUCUGUCGCCACUCUCCUGAUGCAUAUGCUGCAGGUUGAUCCCCUGAAACGAGCAACUAUCAAAGACAUAAGAGAGCAUGAAUGGUUUAAACAAGAUUUGCCCAGUUACUUAUUUCCUGAAGACCCCUCCUAUGAUGCUAACGUCAUUGAUGAUGAGGCUGUGAAAGAAGUGUGUGAAAAAUUUGAGUGUACAGAAUCAGAAGUAAUGAACAGUCUAUAUAGUGGUGACCCUCAAGACCAGCUUGCAGUGGCCUAUCAUCUUAUUAUUGACAAUCGGAGAAUAAUGAACCAAGCCAGUGAGUUCUACCUCGCCUCUAGUCCCCCAACGGGUUCCUUUAUGGAUGAUAGUGCCAUGCAUAUUCCUCCAGGCCUGAAACCUCAUCCAGAAAGGAUGCCACCUCUUAUAGCAGACAGCCCUAAAGCAAGAUGUCCAUUGGAUGCACUGAAUACAACUAAGCCCAAAUCUUUGGCUGUAAAGAAAGCCAAGUGGCAUCUUGGAAUCCGAAGUCAAAGCAAACCAUAUGACAUUAUGGCUGAAGUUUACCGAGCUAUGAAGCAGCUGGAUUUUGAAUGGAAGGUAGUGAACGCAUACCACCUUCGUGUAAGGAGAAAAAACCCAGUGACUGGCAAUUAUGUGAAAAUGAGCUUACAGCUUUACCUGGUUGACAAUAGAAGUUAUCUUUUGGAUUUUAAAAGCAUUGAUGAUGAAGUGGUGGAGCAGAGGUCUGGUUCCUCAACACCUCAGCGUUCCUGUUCUACUGCUGGCUUACAUAGACCCAGAUCAAGUUUUGAUUCUGUGACUGCUGAGAGCCAUUCACUGUCAGGCUCCCUCACUGGCUCCUUGACUGGAAGCACACUGUCCUCAGUUACACCUCGCCUGGGCAGCCACACCAUGGAUUUUUUUGAAAUCUACCCUCUGGAAUACAAAUGGCAGAAAACCAAACAUGUUAAAACGUCAUGUGCACUUGACAGAAGCAAACCAUGGCUGAUUUGAGAUAUCUUUGAUACUGAUAGAAUGAGUAUCUUGAUUUUAGGAAGAAAAAAAAGAGACCAGACUCCCAGUGCUUUUGUAUUUUAAUAACCAUAGAUUCAAAUUUCAGUUUUGUUAUGAAAUUUUUGUGAGUAUUCAGUGACCAGUGGGAAGGAUGUGUCUUCCAGUAACUAUGUGGUAAAGAUGUCUUCUUGAAUUACACAGCAUUUCAUAGUUACAGGCUCACCCUAGUUAAUAUGUGCACUGUACAAACUCAUAAGAGAAAAGCAGCAUAUCUGAUUGCUUUAUAAGCUUUUUUCCACAAAAUCAAA